UCAGAGCAAGACCUUGUGUCUAAAUAAAUAAAUAAUAACAUAAAAGAUGCCUCUGGCUGCAGGGUAAAGAGUGGAUUAGAGGGGUCAUAGAGGUGACAAAUGGGUGAAGAAGUGGUAGCCGUCACCAAGGCAAGAGAUGACAGGGCCCUUUGCUGGAAUAGGUAGGUGGAUUUGAGAGCUGUUUAGGAGGUAGAGUGAACAAGUGUGGAGAGGCCAAGUCCAAGGAUGGUGCUCAGGUUUCUGGCUGAGAAAAAUAGAGAAAGGGCAGGGCAUUCACUGGGACAGGGCACCUUGGAGGAGGAGCUGGUUGGAGGUAUGGGAGAAAGAUGAGUUCAGGUUUGGAAACGUCAUCUGAGGUGGCUGUGGGACGUCUGAGUAAGUGGCUGUGUGAGUCUGGAGCUCCAGUGAGAGGCUGAGCGUGUGGAGGGGAGGGUGGAAAUGAACCCCUGGAAGUGGAUGAAGGGCCUUGGGAGUAUAGUUCAUUUAAGGGAGAGGCCAGAGAAGUGGGAGGAAAACCAGGGCAGUUUUAACCUCUGAAGCCUAAGGAAGAGAAUGUUUCAAGAAGGGAGUGGUGGUGAAUAGUAAAUGCCCUGACUGGCCUAGUGUCCUGGAUUUUCACUUUAGACUGAGCUAUAUGGUGAAAAGAAUAUGAACUUUAAGUCCUGGCCAGUGGCUUUCACCCCUGUGAUGUAGGACACAUCUGUAACCUCUGUGAGCAUAAAAUGCCGUGAGAUUUUUGAGGUGGUGUCUUUAGAUGCCUCGCCCAGUGCUACUCGGGGAGCAGAGUGGAGGGUGGGUUGGCAGAGUUGAGGCUAGAGACUGCCACAGAGGUCAUCAGGAUGGAUCAGUGGAGGCCAGACUGGGCAGACUGACGGCUUAGUCAGUGGGACUUGUGAAGCAGCAGGUGUAGUGAGUUUUAUGUGUCCCUGAGGUUUCCAACCGGACUCCUGGCAUAUCCCAGCAUGGAUUGGAGAAGAGGCAAAUGCGUGGAGAACUGUUGACCAAGUUUUCCAUUUUGGACAUGUUGAAUUUAAGAUGUCUGUGGGUCAUUGAGGGAAGACAGAGAUAUUAGCAGAGUCGGGGGGAGAGCUGGCCUGGGCUGGAGAUGUGCACGUCACCAGCACAUGUGUGAAGCCUGGGUGUAGAUGAGGUUACUCUGAUAGGAGAUAAGAGGAGCAGUGCUAUGUGAAGGGCAGCCGGAGGGCAGGAGAGAGAAGCCAGAAACUACGAGGAGAGGCGCUCAGCCACAUGGCAUGCACCAGAGAGGCCAAGUAUGACGAUAACAUGAGGCACCAUCAGUUACAUCCGGUGAUCAAGGCUUUCCUGUGCGGCUCCAUCAGUGGGACCUGCUCUACCCUCCUUUUCCAGCCCCUGGAUCUCCUUAAAACACGACUGCAAACUCUCCAGCCUUCAGAUCAUGGAUCUGGACGUGUCGGGAUGUUGGCUGUGCUCUUGAAGGUGGUUCGCACAGAGAGUCUUCUGGGCCUUUGGAAAGGGAUGUCCCCUUCCAUUGUGAGAUGUGUCCCUGGCGUUGGAAUCUACUUUGGCACUCUCUACUCAUUGAAGCAGUAUUUCUUGCGAGGCCAUCCCCCUACUGCCCUGGAGUCGAUCAUGCUGGGGGUGGGCUCUCGCUCAGUUGCGGGGGUCUGCAUGUCACCUAUCACUGUAAUCAAGACUCGCUACGAGAGUGGGAAAUAUGGCUAUGAGAGUAUCUGUGCCGCGCUGAGGAGCAUCUAUCGCAGCGAGGGGCACCGGGGCCUCUUCAGUGGCCUGACAGCAACUCUCCUUCGAGAUGCACCCUUUUCAGGAAUCUACCUGAUGUUUUACAACCAGACCAAAAACAUAGUGCCCCACGACCAGGUGGAUGCAACCCUUAUUCCUAUUACAAAUUUCAGCUGUGGGAUAUUUGCUGGUAUUCUGGCUUCACUGGUAACUCAACCUGCAGAUGUUAUCAAAACUCAUAUGCAGCUUUACCCACUGAAGUUUCAAUGGAUUUGCCAGACAGUGACAUUUAUUUUCAAAGACUAUGGACUACGUGGCUUCUUCCAAGGUGGCUUCCCCCGGGCCCUCCGCAGAGCUCUGAUGGCAGCAAUGGCGUGGACAGUGUAUGAAGAGAUGAUGGCCAAAAUGGGCCUGAAGUCCUGACCAAGAGAGUCCUGGGAAAGGGUGACACCUGUUGCCCUGCUUGGUUUCUGCCGAGGGCUGCUGCUUCUCACUACCUGCAGUAAGGAAGUCCUACCUGGAAAGCCAGGCAGAAAUUGUGUUGCCUUUGCCUUUGGUAACCCCUUUAAGGAGAAAAUAGUUGGACCUGAUUUGAGCCUUCAGAAUCUCCAAAAGAGGAGUCACUAAUACAUACAGCACACUGGGUAGUCAGGAGAGAGUUUUGCAUACCCUCAGAGGCUACUCGGAGAGGCGUUUUCUGAGGAGAGCUCUGUCAGGUGGCAGCGCUUCAGCCCCCCACCUACACCACAGGGUCUCCUUGGGUACAUUCUUGCGCAAGUAAUCGCAAAGCCAGAGAAGCUAUAAGCUGCCUGCUGGGCCUGAGGAGCUCCAGCCAGGGACGACUGGAUGUGAGGAGAGGAGUCACUGUCACCAGGUCACAGACUGAGGUGAUGGCAGGAUGAGGAGGAACAGAUGCCCUUUUUAAAUUGCUUCUCAGUCCACUUCUCAGAGGCUCUGGAGAACAGGACAGUGGCUUUCUAGCCUCUGAAUGUCCAAAUAAAAUUUUCUGGUCUAGGCCCCUGUACUGUUUUACCUCUAAAUUCUGGCAUUUCUUUUUUUCUGUAAUUAAAGUGCUUUAUUUAUUGAACUUUAUCAUUGAAAGCUGUUUGGAAAACCUAAAA